AUGACCCCCCAGUCGCCCAUGAUGCCUAACGCCCAACUGAUCCCCGCAGGCAUGGAUUGGUUCCAUUGCAACCAGUGCUUCCGCCAAGAUGGCGCCAACUUUUGCAUCACCAGCUGUGGACACCUCUUCUGCAGGAAAUGCUUUGCCGCGGAGAAAUGCCCCAUUUGUGGAGCGACCUGCAAAUAUCUGUGUCUCGCCGAUAAUAUGAAACCCCAAGAAAAGAUCUUUUUCAAGAGCCCGGUGGAAACGGCCCUCAAAUAUCUGGCCCACAUCUCCCAGGUGUGGAGUUUCCAGCGGGCGCAGAGCGAGCGGCUGCUCUCGUUCUACAAGGACAGGGUGUCCCAGGCGGAGGGGUCCCUGCAGGAGACGCGCCAGAAACUCUCCACUCGCGACAGGGAGCUGGAGGCGCUGAGGCGGGAGAACGACGAGCUGAAGAAAUAUCUGAGCAUCCUCAAGGCCUCGCCAGGCCGAUGCCAGGGCAGCAGGGGCAGCACCCCCCGGCCGGUUGGCAUCACCUCCCCCUCACAGAGCGGUGCCCUGCGGCCCCGCACCCAGCUCUGCAGCCAGGUGGUCAGCCGCUCCUCCUCGCUGGAGUCCAUCCCCUACCGCCUCUCCAGCGCCCCCAGCUGGCUGCAGGCUCCGGGACCUGCCCAGACCCCCACUGGCUCCAGCAUUGCCACCCCAUCUCCAGCCUCCACUCAGAGCCUGUCCUACUGGGCCUCCUCCUCCUCCACCCAGACCCCAGCGCUGGGCACCUUCCCCUUGCGCCCCCCCAGACGGGGGCCAGUGGAGGGCGAGGCCGGGCAGGGCCGGGGCCCCCCCACGCUGGCACUGGGCAUCUUUGCAGAUCUGAGAGAGGGGGGUACCCCUCGGGAGAGCCAAAGCACAGAGAGACCAAGACCCAUACAGCUAAGGUUCACCCCCCAACUCACCCCCUCCCAGCAUGGCAGGGCCCCCGGUGCCAGCCAGGCCCCCCAACUGUAG